CGCGACUCGUUCGUCCAAGAGAUCAAGACGUAGGCAUCGUCUAUCUGUUCCUCUCCUCUUCCCAAUUACAUUUCUCUCGCAUUCGACUCGUUCAUUACCAUUACACACGACCUCUACUUGUUUUCUUGUGGCUCCGUGCCCUUCUCACCCACAUUUCGAGCUCUGAUCGGCCUCGUUCGUGCUCCGCUGCUUAAGCUCCAUCCCCAACCGUUCCCUCUCCGUUCAGCAGCUCUUGACCUGCUUUCACUUCUUACUCUCAGUCAAGAUGCUGUCACGUCAACUCGUUUCUCGUCUUCGGACAAGUGCGAAGUCUUCCCUUACACGGCCCCUGUCAUCCACUGCACAGCUCUCAGCUCAUCGUCCUCCUGCGCUCGCUGAGAUCACCCCGGACGGUGCUGCCCAAUUCGACGAACGACUGAAGCAGUUCCGUGAUGGCUUAAUCGAGGCCCAGAAAAGGAAGGAGCAACAAGAAAAAGAAGCCCGCGAGCGUGAAGAACAAGAAAGCGCUGGCAAGAAGAACGGUCCGCUAUCGAAGCUCAUCUAUGGGACCCCCGAGGGACGAGAGCUUGAGAAAGACAUCGAGCGAAGCUUCUCACAAGUCCUCGCCCGCGGCAAAUAUGUUCAUUCGAUCGUCUUUCACGAAGUAAAGCCCGAGAAAGUGGAAGAGUACAUGGAGCUGGUCGGCAAGUGGUAUCCCAAAGUCGCUUCUGCACCCGAGAACAAAGUCAAUUUGGUGGGCAGUUGGAGGACAGAAGUUGGAGACUGUGAUACAUUUGUACAUAUCUGGGAAUACCAGAAAUAUGCUGGUUAUCACGGAUCGUUGAACGCCAUACAUCAUCACCCAGAAUACCCUGAUCUUGAGCGUAAGCUCAAGACCCUCAUCCACAGCAAGAAGACGUCGUUGAUGCAAGAAUUCUCGUUCUGGCCUACAACACCUCCAAGACAGCUUGGCGGGCUCUUCGAGCUGCGAUCAUACACCCUACACCCAGGCAAUCUACUUGAAUGGGAGACACACUGGCGUAAGGGACUCAAGGCCCGAAGAGAGGUUAUGGAGGGCGUAGGAGCAUGGUUCGUGCAGGUUGGAGAUCUCAAUACGGUUCACCACCUUUGGCAGUUUGCCAACCUGGAAGAGCGUAAGCAGCGCCGAGAGAUGAGCUGGAGCGUCGAGGGCUGGGGUGAGACCGUUCACAAGACGGUCCCCUUGAUUCAGAACAUGAAGAGCAGCAUCCUCGUACCGAUGCCGUGGAGUCCAGUUGCCUGAGCGUAGGGUGUUAGUUUGUACUUCCACUACUCAAGUCUGGGUUCGAAUCAAUCAGGCGAGCAAGUCAGGCGGUUGUUGGGUUGGUGCAUGCUACGGGGAACAGAGAAAUGACAUUCGAAAAGAGAUUGUAUUGUUAUUUUUGCUCUUAUGAUAUUGCCUGGGAAGUAAGACAGAAUAGGCACAGUGUCUUUCUCAGGAGCUCUUAUAGCUUCGACCACACUGCUAAGUCAGGGAAAUAGCCAACCUCGUUUGAAGCAAUUUAUAGUUACUGAAAACACAAUUCAUUUAGAG